AUGUCCUUUUUCGGGUUCGACACGAAGCUUCCAGAGGACCGUCCCGCGGCGUCUGCGCAGAGGGGCAUCUUUGACGCUCCGGACCCGUUUGCGGAGGUUGCUCGCGCCACAGCAGACAGGGCAGGCUACGAUGACGACGAUGCAAUUGACUUUGAAGAUACCUACGAUGGGCUUGGAGACCAGCUCGAAGAGGCCAACGAUGACUUCAACGACGACACUUUCGGAGAUGCAGCCGGUGGGGAGAACAAGCCGGUGGGCAAGGACUUUGAUUUUUUCGGAAAUACUGCUCAGAUGACAAAUGUCUUGGGCGAGGAACAAGUGCUCUACAACUUGCAGCAUGGCUCGUCCAAGGCCACCGCCAAACCUUCCCUACCUUCACUUCCCAAGCGGACGGGGUAUGAGAAAUACCAGGAUCCCGGUUAUAUCCCCGAAAUUCAAGCGAAGUCGAGCGUAUGGGGGACCACAGCUACUCAGAAGCCGAAGACUUCUGUGGCUGAGGCAGCUCCCAAGGAACAGCCGGUUUCUGAGCCUCCAAAGAAGAUGCUCAGUUUGGAGGAGGUUGAGGCUCAGAUGAGGAUGCAGGCUAUGCGGCAAGCACCACAACAGCCUCAGAGUCAACCGCCGCCGCCACAACAGCAGUUUAUGGGCUCCGCGCCUCCUCCAGGCAUGCCUCCAAUGCAAUUCCCCAACCAGGCACUGCUCCACCACCCAGAGGCGCACGGCCAAUUACCCGCUGAAGAAUUACUUUCCCAUCAACAGUAUCCAAAUAAUAUGACUCCACCCCUUGGAUUUCAGCAACAGCCGCAUCCACAACCACAGCAGCAGCAGCCAAACUUCCCUCUACAUCUUCUACAACAAUCUCAGCAGCAGCAGCAGCAACUACAGCGUCACCAGCAGCAGCCGCAGCAGCAGCAACAACAACAGCAGCAGCAAAAUCGGCAACCGCAACAGGCUGCUCGGCAUUGGACUGGCCCUGCUCGCCAUCAGGGCAAAACCCAAGGACCAUAUACCUUGGACCAUCCGUUGAUGGGACAAGGUGGUGUUCCUGCGGCUAUGAACCCGAAGAUCAUGGAGUUGCCAGAAGAGCAGAGGAAUGCGAUUUUGUUGGAAGAUGCAAAACGUGCAAAGAGGAAUCAUAAGAUUUUCCUCCUCUCCAAAGGCAACGGCUUGAUGACCCCCCAAGACAAGAACUUUAUCACCCGAAUACAGCUUCAGCAGCUGGUAACGGCCACUGGUAAUACCGGCGACGCCAAUCCAGAAUCCCUUCUCACAGAAGACUUUUAUUAUCAAGUAUAUAGUCAAAUCCGUGGUGCUCCUCGCCAACACCCUCGUCAACCCCUUGGCCACUUUGCACAAACCUACCUAUCUCAAACUGGAGGGCGUUCUGGUGGUAACAUGAACAGAAGAUCUCAUUUCAGCGGCGACAACCAUAUGCAGCGCAUGCAGCAACAAGUACAGAGAGCUGUCGAAGCCGCCAAGCUAAAGCCAAAGAACAAGCAGCUUAUAAUUGAAGGAAGCUUGGGGAAAAUAUCCUUUAGCAAUGCCAAGACCCCAAAGCCUCUGCUCAAUAUCAAACGCCCCGAAAGUUCUGACGGGCAAAGACCCUCCACCGCGAAGAAAACACACCUCAGCUCCAGUGACCGCAAGUCAAUUUUGCAGAACAUUGAGACCGUUUAUAUUACGCUGAUGAAAAUGGAGAAUCUUGUACGCUUGAUGCCACCGAUCCCAAAUCCGGAAGUAGAGGAUGAAGAGGCGGUAGAGCGAUACACAGAAUGGCAGCGAAAAAUGCAAUCGCUGAAAGAGGUGCUAUGGGACAGCACAAAGGUGCUCGAACCAAUUGACUCCGUGUCUGCCACCAUACACCCUUUCAUUGCAUUCUUGUCGUACCCCAAGGGCAAAAAGGCUGUUCCUAGAAUCUUCCAUCAAAUCGACCAGGAACAGCGCAUUACCAUGCUAACCAUGAUUAUCUACCACUUGGACACUUUGGACGUUGUAGCAAGAGCCCAGCUCCAGCCAGGUGAAACCCAGCCCCCGGGCCCCGUCCGCGAAGAGAUCGAGCUCUUCAACCAAGCUGUAAUGCCGAGUUUACUCGGUUACGUGAGCGAUGCCCCUAUUCACAUCGUUAUUGGCCUUCUCGGCUUAGUUAUUGAUAAAACUCACAUUCACGCUGUCGCAAGGACGAAGAUAGGACUGGGAAUACUAACCAUGCUGCUGAGUCGAGCAGAACUGGUCAAAGAGGCUGGCGGUAUUCCAGAGCAGGAACUGGCGCAAUGGACCAACGUUUACAAUAGGCUGUUUGAUAGCAUGGAGCCUGCUCUUGCGUACCUGUUCCCAGGUACGAUUAACAGCGGCGAUGACAUGUAUGUUUGGCAAUUCCUUGCUGCUAUGGGUAUUGGUGCAAACCCUGAACAACAGCAGCGGCUGGUCAUUGCUGUAAAGGAUCGAGUCAUGGAAACUGUUGCCCAAAGCAAAACGCUGCCAGCAGACAUGGCUAGCCAACGUUUAGGCAACGUUAACCUGUUUAUGCGCGCUAUCGGACUCGAUGUUGAACUCCUAGGAUAA